AGCUGCAGAAGUCAACUGUUGCACUAGAUGGCACCUCUGUACAACCGGCAGCCUUCAUGUGUCAUUUGUGACUGACAGAGAAGAGAGUGAAGGAGUAGAUUUUGUUUCAGAGAGAAGAGGAGAGAAGAGUAGAGGAACCUCUGGCCCAACAGAUUACAACUCUCGUGCUGCUCCAAUAUGGCUGAUCUGUUCUCCGAUCCAGAUUUAUGGCAAAAUCAAAGCGUCCUGUUCAACAUGACGGCUGUUAACAACAAUAGCUCUGUUUACACGGAGAUCAUGUCGCCCGUGAUGAACACAACCAUCAACAUACUACUGGUAGUCAUCAUGUUCAUCACCAUGGUUUCACUGGGAUGCACCAUGGAGGUGUCCAAGAUCAAGCAUCACAUAGUGAAACCCAAAGGGGUGGCGAUAGCAGUGCUGGCCCAGUAUGGUGUCAUGCCUCUUACAGCCUUUUGCUUAGCUAAGGCGUUCCAGCUGACUUCAAUAACGGCUGUGGUGAUUCUGGUCUGUGGCUGCUGUCCUGGAGGAAGCAUCUCCAACCUCCUGGCUCUGGCUCUGAAGGGAGACAUGAACCUCAGCAUUGUGAUGACAACCUGCUCCACGUUGCUGGCUCUGGUCAUGAUGCCUCUGCUGCUCUAUAUCUAUUGUCACGGCUUCAACCUGCAGGACUCCGUGCCCUACGACGGCAUCAUUAUAUCGCUGCUCUCGAUCCUCAUACCCUGCGGUGUCGGCAUCCUUAUCAACUACUACAGGCCGCAGUACUCAAAGACCAUCACAAGGGUAGGCCUCGCUUUCAUGAUGAUUGCCGUGGUGGCUAUCGCCACAUUUGCCAGCAUUGCAAUCGGAGCCUCCAUCCUGACUGUGCUGUCUCCUCCCCUCAUGGCCAUCGCUGCUCUCAUGCCCUUCAUAGGCUACACCUUCGGAUACAUCAUCUCCUGGCUCUUCAGACUCAACCAAUCGAAGCGGAGGACCGUUGCUAUGGAAACAGGCUGUCAGAACAUCACGCUGUGCUCCAUCAUUCUGAAACUGGCGUUCCCCCCGGAGGUCAUCAGCCCUAUGUUCCUGUUCCCCAUGGUCUACAUCUCCUUCCAGCUGAUGGAGGCGGCGCUGCUCAUCGUGCUGUUCAAGUGUCACCAAAGGUUCACUCUCAAAGAGAAAGAAGGUAGUGGGCCGGCGGUACAGGUCGAUGCGGAGCUGGCUCACCUGGGCUGAUGAGCUGGCAAACCUUAAACGCUAACGCUGGCCAGUUCAGUCUCUGCUCAGUUUUGUCUUUUUUUUUGCAUGCAACAACUUCAUACACUAUUUUCCAUCCAUAUACAUCACUGGUGUUAGUGAUUGUUUACUAAUCUGUUUUGUAAAUAAAUAUUUCAUCAA